UCAAAUUAGUCCAUUUUCUUCUUUUCGGGACGCCAUUUUUUUUUUUUUUUUGCUUUAAUAAGGCCACCAGUGGCCUUCUACACCACCACAAUUUCUCCUCUCUCAAUCCUCCUUCCUCUCCGGCUUCAGACAUGGAAGAACUCCUCCACUCCCCCUACCUCUCACUCCUCCUCCUCCCCCUCUGCUUUCUCAUCCUCAACUUCUUCAUCACCAGAUCCCGCAAGACUCCCAAACCAAUUCCUCUGAGUCCAACAUCACUGCCCAUCAUCGGCCACCUCCACCUCCUCCACCCUCCCCUCCACCAAUCCCUCCACCGCCUCACAUCCCGCUACGGCCCCAUCGUUAAACUCCGCCUAGGCUCCACUCCAGCCAUCCUUGUCGGCUCCGCCGACGCCACAAAGGAACUCAUCAAAACCCACGACCAAGACCUCGCCGACCGUCCGAUCUUCACCGCUGUCCGUCACUUCGCCUACGAAUCUUCCGGAUUCGCGUUUGCCCCUUACGGCCCUUACUGGCGCUUCAUGAAAAAGCUCUGCAUGUCAGAGCUCCUCUCCUCCCGCACCGUCGACGGUCUCGCUUACAUCCGACGCCGCGAGCUCCUUGCUCUGCUUCGAACUCUGGCGGCCAAAUCCGCAGCCGCCGAAUCCAUUGAUCUGAGUAAAGAGCUGAUUAGGAUGACGACGAGCGUCAUCGCCGGAAUGACGACCGGAACGGCAUCCGCGGGAGAUAGCGAGGCUGCGAGGAAAGCGGUGAAGGGGGUGGCGGAGAUCAUCGGAUCGGUCAAUUUGGGGGAUUUCAUAGGAUUUCUGAGCAUUUUUGAUUUGCAGGGAUUAAGAAAGAGGAUGAAAGAGGUGCGGGAUAAUUUCGAUGCGUUGAUGGAGAGGAUCAUGGCGAGCAAAGAGGCGUCGAGGAAGAGUUGUGGUGUUGGGGUCGACGGCAACAAAGACUUGCUUGAUAUAUUGCUUGAUGCUGCAGAAGACAGGGAGAUGGAGAUCCAGUUAACGACAGAAAAUAUCAAGAGCUUCAUUCUGGAUGUUUUCACGGCCGGGUCAGACUCCUCUGCGGCUACAACAGAGUGGGCUUUAGCCGAGCUCAUAAACCAUCCCGAACAGCUAAAAAAAGCAAGAGAAGAGAUUGACAACACCGUCGGGAAGGACCGCCUCAUCGAUGAAUCCGACAUCCAAAACCUCAUCUAUCUCCAGGCCGUCGUGAAGGAGACAUUGAGGCUCCACCCAGCAGCUCCCAUGGCCAUGAGGAAAGCAACAAAAGAGAUCAAACACGGCGAAUUUGAGUUACGCAAGGGAAACACCAUAAUCUUUAAUGUAUAUUCAGUGAAUAGGGACCCCAAGUACUGGGAUGAGCCAUUGGAGUUUCGACCGAGCCGAUUCUUGGAGGAUGGAGAGCUGAGCUACAAAGGAAUGCAUUUCCACUACUUGCCGUUCGGAAGCGGGAGGAGAAUGUGCCCUGGAGUGACGCUGGCUGUUCAGGUUAUAACGGUGGCUUUGGCUGCGUUGAUUCAGUGUUUUGAAUGGGGAGGCAAGGAGAAGCUGGACAUGAGCGAGGGGCCGGGAAUGGUUAUUCUAAGGGCUAAGCCUUUUGUUUGUUUUCCGAAGACUCGCCUGCAUCCCCUCCCGCCGGAGCUUCUCGGCCCGUGACAUUUAGCUUUGGAAGUUCUCUCUGUUUCUCUCUUAAAUUUGAACUGAAAAAUAAAAAUCUGCACUGUGUGCGUGGUGAAUUUUUUCUUGAUGCGCUUGUAAUGGUCACUUUGGUCUCCUUCAUGCCGCGUAUCUUUAUAAGAUGGUUUUAUUGAGGAAUUUUGUGAAUCUGAUGAACAUACAUUUAGAAAA